UUAUUAUGUUCAUAUAGUGAUAUUUGUUGUCGUUACUCAACAACCACAUCGUUGGACUCGCUGCCACGUACAGAAGGUGGGCGCCGCGGAGGAAUCGCCGGACACACCGGACGCCGUUCCAAUAACAAAUCCUACUGAAGUCCUUUGGCAUCCGACGCGAAGUGACGGACACGCUUGCUUUCUCCCCCAUCGUCUAGUAAGGAACAUUCGAACGCAACGAAAAUUGUCUUCGCCAAGUGACGGACACGCUUUGUGUUCUCCCUACCCCUAUACUAGGGAACAUUGGAUCGCAACCAAACUUGUCUUCUCCACUUGCGCAACCUUCUCGCCCAUCCGAACACGAUGAUCUCCUCGUCUUCCUCUUCCGGAAGCGAAGGUGAGGAGGAGAUGCAGAUGACUCCGCUGCAGAAGCACGUGGCCUUCUUCGACAGGAACAACGACGGCGUCAUCUAUCCUUCCGAGACCUACCGAGGGUUUCGGGCAAUCGGGAGUGGCGUUGCUUUGUCUGCUGUGAGUGCCCUCUUCAUCAAUGGCUUCCUCUCCCCCAAAACUAGUCCUGGAAAAAUUCCAUCUCCUCUUCUUCCAAUAUAUGUGAAGAAUAUUUACAAAGGGAAGCAUGGAAGUGACUCAGGUGUCUAUGACAGUGAAGGGAGGUUCGUCGCUUCCAAGUUCGAGGAGAUUUUUCAGAAGCAUGCGAAGUCGAAUCCGAACGCACUGACAUCGAAAGAAUUGAUGGAGAUGCUUCGGGCCAAUCGAGAUCCCAAAGACUACAGUGGAUGGUUGGCAAGUUGGACAGAGUGGAAGGUGUUCUACAUGCUGUGCAAAGACAAAGAAGGAUUGCUUCAGAAGGAGACCAUAAGAGCUUUGUAUGAUGGAAGUAUCUUUCUUAAAAUGGAAGCGGAGCGGAAAUCUUCUAAAAAGAAAGCAUGAGAGCUACCGGUCGUCACAUCUGGAUUAUACUGCUUGUUCAUGAAAAAUAAAUCUGGUUUCUGGAAUGCACUUGAGGAUAUUCAUAAUACAUAAUAUGUAUGUCCAGUGUGGAUUGAAGUUAUCCUUUUAGUUUGAGAAGUUAUAUAGAA